AUGCGUUUCGACAAGUGCCCUUCCCGCCUCCACAUUGUACACAGGGAGACUGUGUGGAAAGGGAACAGUUCUGUCCGCCCAUCAGAGUUAUCAUCGUCGAAUGUCAUAGUUCGAAAACCAGAUACAGAAAGCGAAGGAGGGAACAAGUACACACCAUAUCAUUUGCCUCCAAAACCGAAAAUCAUCGUCAGCAUCAAAGCAUACACAACUUGCCAUGAAGAUGGAAUGGGUCAGACAAGGCUGAAAUCAAUAUGUUUUUGUCCACAGCUUGUAGUUCAGAAUGUGGUAAAACGUAUGGUAAAAAUUUGAAUCAUCACAAUCAAAUAAGACGUGCCCACGAAAGGGACACACCACCAGUCAUUAAUAAUCGUACUCACAGUAAGCAACCAGGUAAACGUCCUCGCGACACAAUGCAAAAGAGAC